AAGCCUUCGCCCUCAAAGUCGAUAGAGGCCGUCUAGUACGACACGACCAUUCGCGACCGACACUAUGUUCCAGUUCACGCGUCUCGUCUUCGUCGCUGCGACUGCUAUUCAUCUAGCCGGAGCGUAUAACGUUCCUCGUGCUAGCCUAUCGUCUUAUGCGGGCGCGUCGACGUCGUUUGCAUACCUUCCCAAUGCUACGAUCACUAUUCCCGACCCAAAUUACCCUUACGCGAGCGUGGUUGGCCACGCUGGGCCUACGCCGACGGGAGAUGAGGCCGAGGCCAUCGCGACCGCAACUGCUCUCGCAAAAGUCGACAGCAUAUUCCCCCUCACACGCCCAGACACGGAAGACCACAAGGGCACAACAUUCAACGUCGAACGGAGCUGGGGAAACCUCUCUCCGAUGUGGUCUCUCGAUGCCGGCACUUUUGGCCUCAACGAGUCUUCUGCGGUGAUUCCAGAGGGUUGUUCGCUUACCCAGGCACAUCUCAUUCACCGACAUGGCGCUCGUUAUCCAACGACUGGUGCUGCUCCCGCGCAGUUCGCUGCCGCUUUACAGAAUGCUACGGCCACUGUUAACGUUACCGGUCCCCUUGAGUUCUUGAGCACUUGGACUUAUAAGCUUGGCGGUGAGCUCCUGACACCGUUUGGUCGCGAGGAAUUGUAUUCUUUGGGAGUUGGGUUCAGAGUCAGAUAUGGCGAGUUACUGAAGGGAUUUAAUGACUUCCCUGUAUGGAGGACUACUUCGGAAGCCCGCAUGGUAGAUUCCGCUUUGCAAUUUACAGCAGGCUUUUUCGGUGUCCAGGCUUACCAGGACAGCUAUCAUGAAGUGAUCGAGAUUGAAGAUACCGGCUUCAACAGUACUCUGGCUUCUUGGAAUGCAUGCGACAACGCAAACAAUGAUGUUGCCAAUUACGGAUUCGAUCAGGCAGAUAAAUGGGCUGAUAUCUACACGGCUCCUAUCAUCGAGAGACUCUCGCAGUACAUCACCGGCUUCAACUUGACCUCCUCCUACAUCACCGGCAUGCAAGAGACCUGUGCGUACGAGACUGUUGCCCUUGGCUACUCAAGCUUCUGCUCCGUCUUUACGGAGGAAGAGUGGAAGCAAUUCGAGUACUAUUUGGACUUGCAAUUCUGGUACGUCUAUGGCCCGGGAAACCCUGCAGUGGCUGCCCAGGGCGUUGGUUGGCUUCAAGAGCUUGUCUCUCGCUUGACUCAAACACGUAUCACCACAUUUGCCACCUCGGUCAACGAGACGAUCGUCUCGUCGAACGUUACUUUCCCUCUGUACCAGCCCAUCUUUGUUGAUGCCUCUCACGACACCAUCAUCAGCGCGAUUCUCACUGCGAUGAACCUGACCUACUUCUCUGCACCCGGCCCGCUUCCAACGGACCAUAUCCAGGAUGGGCAGACAUGGAUAACCCCGACCUUUUCACCCUUCGCCGCCAACAUGGUCGGCCAAGUCCUCUCCUGCCCCGCCUCCGACACCCCGACCCACAUCCGUUUCGUCCUCAACGACGCCGUCGUCCCGCUCGCCGGUAUCCAAGGCUGCGACACCGGCGACAAGGACGGUCUCUGUGAAUUGGACAAGUUCCUUAGUGGGCUCCAAGCACGGAUCGACGAGAUUGAUUAUCAGUUUGAUUGCUUUGCGAAUUACACGGUUCCGGACCCGGACACUAUCACGGAUGGGAGGUAUCCGGACGCGUUGAAGAACUCGACGACGAGUGCGCGUAGAUGAGGGGACUAACACGAUGGGAUGGAGCUUGAGCGGAGAAAAUAUACGAUUACUUAUGAUGCUGUAUCCAGAGCCUAAGGUCAUUGUUGUUCGUGAACAUUUGCCAAAAC